CUUUUCGUGGGAGAUAUAGCUACAAAAUUCAGUUAAGUAAACAAAAUGGCUCCAGUUCAGAAGAUCAACUCUUACUCCAUGGCUGCAUCUGCAUCAUCUUCUUCAACGUUUAGUUCAAAAGUGACACACCACGGUGACUGCAGGACGGAGUCAAGUGAACAUUGGGACACACCACUUUUCAUCGCUCCUUCUGGAACCACCUUCAGCUUCAGUGAUGACUUUCUUUGAAAAUGCCAGAGCUCGAUUCCAUCAGGAAUUGACAAACUUCUUGGCUGAGUGGGAUGACACAGAAGAGAUGGACGACUCCUGGUUUGGGAAGGAAGCUAUUCUCAGUAGGCAAAUCAGCCCAGAAGCGCAACUUUCGUCUCACAGCAAAAUAAGAGAUAACAAAUUCGCUGCAUGUGUCAACGAAAACGGUGAUUAUGAGGUCAUGAUGAACAUCAGUGAGUUGAAGCUGAAGGACUUCAAAGUGAGAGUGACUGGUGAGAGGACUGUCAUGGUCGAGGGUUACAAGGAGGAAGGCAACAGUAUUAGAAGUUGCCAUCGAUCCCCAAGGAACUUCCGUUAUCAGUUCUCUUUGCCUGACAACGCCACUUCAGAUGCUGUGUCUGCUGUUUUGUCUCGUGAUGGCAUCCUCAUCAUUACAAUCCCCUCAAAGGCACGAAAUGCAAGAAAUUCUGAAAUAUCUUUGAUGGAAAAUGAUAUUGUUAAUCGAGCAAAUAUUAUCGGAGAGUCUGGUGAAAAAUGUGGUAGAAAAAGUAAAGUCAUUGAGAUACAAAAUUGCCAGUCAGCAGCAGACUCUUCUGGAAGCAACUUGAUAUUGUCUUCCCAUCGAGGCUCAUUGGAAUCGGCUCCAGGAAGAGACCCUUUAGUGAGAUGUGAGAAGGAAGCGUUUCAAACACUAAAGAAAAAGGAAGAUGGCUCAAGAUUAACAGAGAAAAACGAUAUCUACACCGAGAGCUGCAUGGAAUCCUUCAAAAAUAACUCUUCUUCAACUUCCAGUUUCACUGAAUCUAAGGACAGUUUCUCACAGAAUUCUUUGGCAAAAGAGAGACGGGUGAAGGAGACCAUCAUUCCAAUCAGGAUGGAAGAAUCAGGUGACAGAUGCCUCAGGAGCCAGGCACAAAGUGAAGUCACAAUAUUUCAUCAGAGUUCUCUCCACAACAAUGAUUCCUGCCUUGAUAAAGAUACUCUUUACCACCUCAAAUCUUCAAACGCCAACAUGGCAUUAAGCCAGUCUGAAGAAUCAGUUACUAAUUCUACUGAAUUGCAGAAUAAGGUUUUAAGAUGCACAAACGACAAUGAAGAAAGCUCUGGUACACCAGAACAUUCCACAGUUGCCCAAAGGAGUGAAGGACUACAAAUGCCUUCCGAGGGUAACAUCGUGUCCCGUGACCCCAAAGGCAACGAAAUGGUGACAACAAACAAGUGCAUGUCCAGGUCCACUCAAUCAAGAAACACAAAGUUCAAUGAUCAAGAAAUCUUGUCAGACGCAAAGAAUUCAGAGAUAAUUGCCAGAGAAUGUGGAAACAGUGAAGGAGUCACUGAUGAAAAGGAAACAGCGGCCAAUUUCCGUGCUGUACAUCUUGUUCAAAAAAUGUCCAGCGACUCUCAAGAAGAAAGUAGAAGUUUACUUUGCGACAACAAAAGAGGAAAACCAAUGACUUUGGGAAUCACACAAGAGUUGCAGAUCAUGAACAAGAGUCUAUUCCUUGAGGACUCUCAUUUCAUCUCUGUAAAAGCAUCAGUCAUCUCUGCCCUUAAAGAAAUUUUGUCUGGAUAUGGCAACAUUCCUGAAACUGCAGACGUAGUGGGUUUUUACAGAAAAUGCCAAGAAGAAAAUGUUAUGGACUGUAAUACUCUCUCUUUCUCACAGGAGGAAGAUUCCAGUUAUAAGUUUGUUGUCGACGUCUGCAACUUAAAGAUGCAGAGCCUGACUGUUUGCGUGAAGAACGAAAGGGAAAUUUGCAUUGAGGGAAGACACCAACCAAAGAGAGGAACCCUUCACCACUCACAGGACUUCACGAAAUCUUUCCUUCUCCCAAGGGAUGCUGUCAUUGGUUCUGCCUCUGCAUCUGUCUCUUCCGACGGAUUUCUUUUGAUCUCUGUCAACAAAGAGGGUUCUAUUGAAGCCAAAUCCGAUGUAACGCAUGUUAAGGGAAUGCUUGAGACCAUAGUGGCGAAUCAACAUUCUGAUGAGGAGGAGGAAGCCAAAGUGUUUAGAGAUGUUAACAAACUGUCUCAGGAACAUCAAGGACAACAGCAGGUGCUCCACAGAAAUGAAAGAGAACAAGAAUUGGCCUCGGAUUCCUCUUCAGCUUCUAUAGCCAGCUGUGCUUCAGUGGCUGCUUCUCAUGGCAUUUCAGAGGAACAAAUCGUUAAUGUCAAAGAAGGGGCAGAGCAGCAAGAGGUUCUGUCCAUUUCUGAGGUUAUCACUCCCAAAGUGGAGGAGGAUGCAAAGUUCUUCGAUUCUAAGGAUAGAGCUUACUAUAUCAGUCAGGAACAACAGAUGAUGAGACUUCCAUCUGAAAAAGCAGAUUCAGACGAAUUUCAAAACAACUCUUUUCUUGAGCGAAAGGAACAAAAACAAUCUCUUGAAAUUCAAGCCUUGGAAACUUCAACAAAUAGAGUAACGGAAGAAGUAACACAAGAACACCAAGAUUACUACCUUGUUGCAUCACCAUCAUCAACGCCUUUUGAAGAAACUGGGAAACUACAAGAAUUAGAGGCAUCUGUUACUGCAAUCGAGGAAUUAAAUGGAAUCUCUUCCAACGACAACUGUAGACCUUUACCUGUGCAAGAGAAGGGGCUCUUUGAUGAAGAUGCUUUUUAUGAAAGUGUUCGUCAUCACUUCAAAGUUCAGAAAAUGGAGACUUCGUCUGAACAUGCAGACUCAUCUUUCAUUAGUGGUGAUGUCGAUGGGAAAAUAAUUAUUCCUCUUCUGGAUGAUCAAGAAGAUUACGAGAAGACUAACUACUUCGAGAAUGACAACGAAUAUACGAUAAUCUUGAAUGUUGGGAAACACCUGAAGGAGACCGAGAUGGAGGUUAAAGUGGUCAGCGGAAAUAGAGUCCUCAUCAGAUGUUCUUCAUUCCUGAAUGAAGGCGAACUUGACCACCUCAGAGUCUUUUCUAAGACCUUCCACUUACCAGAUGACAUCGACGUCACCUCAGGCCUCUGUGGGAUUUCCUUGGAUGGCAUUCUUGCAGUCACCUUCACUAAAAAGGUCUCGCUGGAUGCCGUUCAGGUAACAAGUCUUGACGAAGCCUGUUCUAAGGAGAGUUCUCAGAAAGACUGGAAAUCCUACAUCCUUAGAGGAAAGUCAGUCCUUAAUGUGGAGGAAUCCACAAACAGCGAAGAUUUCACUGGUCAGGAACUCACUUUGUCACUGGAGGAUGAGGAGGUAAAUUCUUCAUAUGGCGAAGAGGAUAAUACAGAAAAGACCACAACUGCAGAAGACGAGAUUUGCGACGAAGCCGAGUCCUUCUCAAGGGAUACAAAUGCUUUCUGGCAAGCUACCUGUUGCACUGCUUCUCCCUCGCGUACAAGGACCAGCGAAUCGGAAUCAGUACAGGAUCCCUUCCAUUUACUGAAUGCAGGAGAAUCAGAGUCUGGAGAAAAGGCUUUGUGGAUGAGGGAGACCACUGCAAAGGACACAAUGAAUGGAACGUUGGCUGGUGUUACGGUUGAAGAGUUUGCACAGGAAGAAGUUGGCUUCAAAAGCACUUCUUCGGAUGGUCAGAGUCAAAAGGUUUAA